AAAAAAAAAAAAAAGAGAGGGGGGAGGAAAAGGAAAAAAAAAAGAUGAAGACGCUUAAACGCCUCCUGCCAAAAGUAAAGAGCAAAUCUCAGUUGCAAUGGCUCUGCUAAAACUUGAUCAUGCGGGAUUUCAAGCGAUAGGGAGCUGCUGGGCUUGCAUUUACUGCGGUGGGAACAAGUUGCAGGAUGAAAUCCAGGCGUUAAAGGACCUAUUUUCCACUUCGUUGUUUGCAAAGGAAUCUACUGAGAUGACUUUGAGGAUCUUUAAGCUGGAACUAUGUGGAGGGAGCAUGCACCCCCCCCUGCCUGUCUCCCUGCCAGCGUAGCUGCCCUCCCGGGACGCGAUGUCGCUCGCAGGCUGCGGCGGGGACCACGAGUGCGGCCAGCGGCGCGGAGGCCGCCCCUGAGCCCGGGCACCGAGGGGCGCGACAUGCCCGCGGCCGCGGCAUGCCCAGCACCAGCACCGGCACCGGCACCGGCAGCACCGGCACCCGCCGCCGCUCCGUCUCCUGAGGCGCUGGGGGAUAAAGCUGGCAAAGAUGAGGAAAAUUGGCUGUGCUCUCCUGGUACUCCAAGCUCUUCUGGCGCCUUUGGAUCUUGUUUGUGGAGCAGAGAAAAGUUAUCCCAUCCUGAACAUUGCAGUGAUUCUGGGAAGGACCAAGUAUAUCACAGAGAGAGAUAUCAGAGCUCUCUGGACCAGGGAAAUGUCAGCAGACCUGACUGUUGAUGUCAAUGUAGUGACCCUUCUGGUGAACCAGACUGACCCCAAGAGCAUCAUAACACACGUUUGUGACUUGAUGUCAGGCACCAAGAUCCAUGGAGUGGUUUUUGGAGAUGAUACUGAUCAGGAGGCAGUAGCUCAGAUAUUGGAUUUUAUUUCAUCUCAGACUUCCAUUCCAAUUCUUGGAAUUCAUGGUGGGGCCUCCAUGAUAAUGGCAGAUAAGGAUGUGAUGUCCACGUUCUUCCAGUUUGGGGCAUCCAUCCAGCAAGAAGCCAUCAUCAUGCUGAAGAUCAUGCAGGAUUAUGACUGGCAUGUGUUCUCUCUGGUGACCACCACCUUCCCUGGAUAUCGAGACUUCAUCAACGUCAUUAAGACCACAGUGGAAAAUAGCUUUGUGGGCUGGGACAUGCAGAAUGUCAUCAUACUUGAUACCGCCUUUGGAGAUGCCAAGACCCAAAUUCAGCUGAAGAAAAUUCAUUCCUCCGUCAUCCUGCUAUAUUGUUCCAAGGAUGAAGCUGUCUACAUAUUGGAUGAGGCUCGUUCCCUGGGCCUUACUGGCUAUGAUUUCUUUUGGAUAGUUCCCAGUCUGGUUAGUGGUAACACAGAAAUUACUCCCAAGGAGUUUCCUUCAGGACUCAUUUCAGCAUCUUAUGAUGAAUGGGACUACAGUUUAGAAGCUCGGGUACGGGAUGGCCUUGGGAUUAUUGCCACUGCUGCAUCAGCCAUGCUGGAAAAAUACUCCUUCAUUCCUGAGGCAAAAACUAGCUGCUAUGGACAACUGGAGAAAAGCGACCAGCCAUCUCACACCUUGCACAAGUUCAUGAUGAAUGUGACUUGGGAAGGUAAAGAUUUGUCCUUCACAGCAGAUGGUUACCAGGCACACCCCAGGCUGGUGGUGAUCGUACUGAACAACGAUCGCGAAUGGGAAAAGGUGGGGAAAUGGGAAAACAAUUCACUGAGCCUGAAGUACUCUGUCUGGCCAAGGUACAGCUCUUUUGCAGACAGCGAUCCAGAUGAUAACCAUUUGAGCAUUGUCACCCUGGAGGAGGCUCCCUUUGUUGUUGUUGAGGAUGUGGAUCCUUUGAUGGAAAGUUGCCAGAAAAACACUGUGCCAUGUCGUAAAUUUGUCAAAAUUAACAACUCAACGAAUGAGGGAACUAAUGUAAAGAAGUGCUGCAAAGGGUUCUGCAUUGAUAUCUUGAAGAAGUUGUCUAAAACUGUCAAGUUCACAUAUGACCUAUAUUUGGUGACUAAUGGGAAACAUGGCAAAAAAGUCAAUAAUGUGUGGAAUGGAAUGAUUGGUGAAGUGGUAUAUCAUCGUGCUGUUAUGGCUGUGGGGUCUCUCACUAUUAAUGAAGAGCGCUCUGAAGUGGUUGACUUUUCAGUGCCAUUUGUUGAGACUGGGAUUAGCGUCAUGGUGUCACGGAGCAAUGGCACAGUUUCACCAUCUGCUUUUCUAGAGCCUUUUAGUGCUUCUGUCUGGGUGAUGAUGUUUGUGAUGCUUCUCAUUGUGUCUGCCAUGGCUGUCUUUAUAUUUGAGUACUUUAGUCCUGUAGGAUAUAACAGGAACUUAGCACAAGGGAGAGAUCCCCACGGACCAUCCUUUACCAUUGGAAAGGCUGUGUGGUUGCUCUGGGGCUUGGUAUUCAACAACUCCGUGCCUGUGCAAAACCCCAAAGGGACGACAAGUAAAAUCAUGGUGUCAGUUUGGGCUUUCUUUGCUGUCAUUUUCCUGGCUAGUUACACUGCCAACUUAGCUGCAUUUAUGAUCCAAGAGGAAUUUGUUGAUCAAGUGACUGGACUGAGUGAUAAAAAGUUCCAAAGGCCGUAUGAUUAUUCACCUCCUUUCCGAUUUGGAACUGUCCCAAAUGGAAGCACAGAGAGGAAUAUCAGAAACAACUACCCUGAUAUGCACCUUUACAUGACAAAGUAUAAUCAGAAAGGAGUUGAAGAUGCCUUAGUCAGCUUGAAAACUGGGAAGUUGGAUGCUUUCAUCUAUGAUGCAGCAGUGCUGAAUUACAAGGCUGGAAGAGAUGAAGGCUGCAAACUUGUCACAAUAGGGAGUGGAUACAUCUUUGCCACUACGGGCUAUGGAAUAGCGCUUCAGAAGGGAUCACCUUGGAAGAGACAGAUCGAUCUGGCCCUCCUUCAGUUUGUCGGAGACGGAGAAAUGGAAGAGUUAGAAACCCUGUGGCUGACUGGUAUUUGCCACAAUGAGAAGAAUGAAGUAAUGAGCAGCCAGCUGGACAUUGACAACAUGGCAGGAGUGUUUUACAUGCUUGCAGCAGCCAUGGCGCUCAGUUUAAUAACCUUUGUGUGGGAGCACUUAUUUUACUGGAAACUUAGAUUCUGCUUCACUGGAGUCUGCUCAGAUAGGCCGGGAUUGCUGUUCUCAAUCAGCAGGGGUAUUUACAGCUGCAUUCAUGGAGUACACAUUGAAGAGAAAAAGAAGUCUCCUGACUUUACUUUGACCAAUUCCCAAACCAACAUGUUAAAACUACUGCGAACAGCAAAAAAUAUGACCAAUAUCAAUCCUUCAAGAAUUAACUCUCCCAAAAGAACAGCUGAUUUUAUUCAAAGAGGUUCCUUGAUUAUGGACAUGGUCAUGGAUAAGGGAAACUUGAUAUUUUCUGAUAACAGAUCCUUUCAGACAAAGGACAACUUUUUUAGUGACAACAUGAGUGAACUGCAAACCCUUCCUAGCAAUCGACACAAGGACAAUCUUAACAACUAUGUUUUCCAAGGUCAGCAUCCUCUCACACUGAAUGAAUCCAAUCCAAACACAGUAGAGGUUGCGGUAACAGCAGAAACAAAAGUGAACUCCAGACCCAGGCAACUUUGGAGGAAAUCUGUUGAAUCUUUACGUCAAGAAUCUGUACGUCAGAGCCAAGGUUCCCAGAGAGACAAUGGGUCAGAUGAAAAUAGGCAGCUUUCACUGAAAAGCCAAAGAUACCUUCCUGAAGAGAUUGUCCAUUCCGAUGUAUCAGAGACAUCAAGCCGAGCUACUUGCCAUAUGGAACCUGAAAACAACAACAAGCACCACAAAACCAAGGACAAUUUUAAAAAAAGGACAGUAGCAUCAAAAUACCCAAAAGACUGUAGUGAAGUGGAACUGACAUAUCUGAAAACCAAACAGAGCUCUCCACGGGAUAAAAUCUACACGAUUGAUGCUGACAAGGAGCCAGGAUUCCGCUUGGACACACCUCAGUACAUUGAAAACAUUGUCCUUCCAGAAACUAUAGAGUUUCCUGAUGUUUAUCAAGAUCACAAUGACAACUACAGGAAAGCAGAACAUGCUAACAGGACUCCCUCGCAUAAUGAAGACAGUCUUCCAAAUAAUGACCAGUAUAAACUUUAUGCAAAGCACUACACUUUAAAAGAUAAAAAUGCUUCCCUAGUUGACAUGAACGAUAGAUACAGACAGAAUUCCACCCACUGCAGGAGCUGUCUUUCCAAUUUGCCCACUUAUGCGGGACACUAUUCGAGCAGAUCCCCCUAUAAAUGCGACGCAUGCUUGCGGAUGGGGAACCUCUAUGAUAUUGAAGAAGAUCAGAUGCUGCAGGACACAACGAACUUAUCACUUCCUGAAGAAAUCUAUGAGCAUAGUUGGUCACAUAACAACGCUCCGCAAUAUCAUAAAAAAAAUAAGUUGAGGAUUAGCAGGCAACAUUCUUUUGAUAAUAUCGCUGAUAAAUCCAGGGAAAUUGAUAUUGGAAGACCUUCUCGUAGUAUAAGCUUGAAAGAAAGAGAGAAAUUUCUACAAAGUAGUCCAUAUGCAAGCAUGUUUAGUGUUCCCUCAAGCAAACUGUUGAGCAACAAGGCCUCACUCUUAACUCAUGCUCUAGAGGACAGUAAGCGGAGCAAGUCGCUGUAUCCUGUUCACUCAGAUGACAAUCCCUUUCAGCACUCGUAUCGUGAUGAGCAGCACUUGUCUCUUAGGCGAAGUCCAGCUGAUCUUUAUAAACAUUCAUUACCAACAAGAGGAAGAAAUGAUAAUUAUUUAAGGUCAUCCAUAAAGUCUACAGCAUCAUACUGUUCCAGGGAUGGUCGGAUCCAUAAUGACAUGUACAUUUCAGAGCAUGUUUUGCCUUACGUUGCAAAUAGGAAUAGCUUGUACUCAACUCCAAGGGUUUUAAAUUCCUGUAGCAAUAGACGUGUGUGUAAGAAAAUGCCUAGCAUUGAAUCAGAUGUUUAAAUUUUCCAUGAACACUUUAUCUAUAGGGAAAAAAUAGUUGCCACCAUCUUAGAGGGAGAAUUUAUCCUUUAACAGUAUCUUGCUAUGGUAAAUGAUACAGAAACCUCUCCCUUCCCCAAUGUACUUUUGUACCUGAAUAGGCAAACUAGUAGUAUGCUCUCAACCAUCCUUUUAAAAUGUCUUGUUGAAAAGGAUAAAAAAUAGCCAUUUAUGUAUGCUUUAUAUAUAAAUGGCAAGCUGUACUGAAAUAGCCCCAGUAUAUGUUGGCAACUAUGCUGUUUUGUAUCUAAUUAUUUUACUAUUUUGGUCAUUCUAAUUUAUGUUGCUAAGUAUCAUUCAAUGUACUUUUGUCCUUAGAAAUGUUUAAUGAUUUUCUAGUACUGGAUAAGCAAUAUGGUAUGCAUGUAGUAUGACACAGACAAAAAGAAUUAGGAAUGCAUUUGCACAGAUUCAAAAGUAAGACUCUUAAGAACAGAAAGCUAGACUUUCAAAAAUAUAUUUUAGCUUCAUAAUCAUUUUCAAAGCCAAAUAAUAAUUAAAAAAAACCACGCCCCUGGACCUUAAUUAAUAAAAUACAGUGUGUUAGCACAAAAUUAGGAUGUUCGUUCUAGAAUACAGAAAAGAAAUGGGAAGGCUGUAGGCCCAGCCAUGUGAACUGCUGUGUACCACCAGGAAGCCCCAUGGAUAUUGGUUAAUGUUAAUGUACAAAUGCUUUUCUUACAUUCCACAUGCACUUGCCAUUGCAAACUAAGCUCACUGGAAAGUCUGCAGUCAUCUUGUCAGAAAUUUCACAGCUGCCUAAUCCAGAGUAUAUAUUUUUAGAUAUCACUAUACGGCACUUACUAUGGAGCUGUGGAUUUUAUUAGUAACCUUGAGGCCUAAUAUGUAUGUAAGUUUGCAUUUGCCCCUUACUGGUGAUUACUCAGGGUUGUAUAGUAUUUCUUUUAUUCCUUCAAUUCCUAAACCAAAUCCCAACCCACUGUAGUUCUUUGUUCAUAGUGUAGUAGUGACAUCUAAUUAAUUGUGUGUUAAUAGUAUUUAAGCUGUUAAUGCAGUAUCAAACACCGACAGACAUAUGUUCAGUGUAAUCAACGAGGAGCACAAUACCAUUUAUUUGCAUACGCAGUGAAGGAUUAACACCUUUUGAGGGACUUCUUCCUUCCAGAAUAUUGUGCAUAUUUGUUGAACAUCAGACCAUUUUUUUUUAACCUCUCCGAUGAAGUCUGUUAUAUAAAUUGAAUAUAUGCACACACAAUUAAGGAACAGUAUCUUUAUUAUCACUUACUGGUAUGCAAAGUUAUUCACAUAACAGGGAUGCAAUGUUGUAUUACUUUUACUUCUAGUAAAGAUCAAUCAGAUUAUUUCACAAAUAAAAUAUCUGCUACACACCCCUCCUUACCCCCUGGGGAAACACAAAACCACUAGAUUUUGACCAUAAGGGAGGGUGGAAGGGAGGAGAGGAAGCCUUUCAUGAGAACAGUCUACAGUUGUAAUUACGUUUAAACUGAAGUAAAUGUAACUGCUGAUACAUUUAACUACUGACAGCAUUCCACAGGUGGUGCUCUCCAGUUCUCCUGCUACUCUGAGAAUUGCUGUAGGGUUUUUUGUGUAGAGGCAGCUGAGACUAUUCAAACAUUAUUCCCUCAUUUCACUGAGGAGCAGCGAGCAGGGAAACCAUUGUGAAUGGGGAAAUGUGAGCGUUACCCUAACUUUUCUCUGACCUGAAUGAAGCGUGGUGAGAUUUGGGCUUCCUAGUCCCUUUCCAGCUUCCAAAAAUCUUAGUAUACAUUUUUAUAAGUAUGUUCAGAAAGCAUAUUUAUGGGUAUCUGUACAGUCUCCAGAACAAAUAUGUUUUGAGUAUUCUUUAUUUGACAUUUGGUCACAAUUACUGGCCCUGAUCCACAUGAUAUGCUUUCUGGUUCCUCACUGGAUCCAGUUUCUGCAAACAGAAGAUCCUUACCUGCCUUUAGAGAGAGUCACCUUUUGUAGGAACAGUUGUAUGAGCCAAGCCAGGCGAGGGUGUUUAUGGGAUCAGCAGUACUUUUCAUGAACCAAAACUUUUUCCCAGAGACAUGGGGGUACAAUUGUUCUUAGGUCUACAGGACGGCAAAUGCACUGAAGACAUAAAUAUUGUUGUAAUGAGUUUAAUAAAAAUAUUUCAGACAAAUUUUAAUUUCCAGUUCAAAUCAUAGUAUAUUAAAUAGCUCAAAAUACUUAAGAUUUUAUCUGGUGUGUUUCAGCAGAUAUGGUAUUUGUCGAUAUCAUACCAAAACCUGCCAUGCAGAUCACUGAGAAUUUUAUGAAGUGAAUCCUAAAACUCAGUGGUGGCUCUUGUUUUUCGCAUCAUCUUAAAGCUCUCAAAAUAUUUGCUGAUUGCUCCAAGUCUUUGGUAUCAUCAUCUCUAUCAAACUAGGCACGCAUAAUUCAAUAUAUACAAGUACUGUAUGUGAGAUUGUGGGAAAGAAAAAUUCCCAUUUACAACAUUUCUAAGUAAACUCUUGAGAUCCAAAUGUAACCAUCCUAAAUCCAGGUGGAUUUAUCCUUCUGUAAAAGGUACAAGCAAAUUAGCUGGAAAGAAAUACAUUAUUGCAGUGUUUGCUUUUUCUGAUUUGAGCAGAUUUCUGGUGACUGUAGAGUUUUAUUGUUACUAGCCGCAAAUACAUGAUACAACCACCUCCCCUAAACCAAAGCAAAUUAAAGAGACAGAGGGAAAAUUUGAUAAUGUUGCACAGCAGUUGUUCACAUGGAAAUAAAAGGUGCUGCCUUAAAGGAGAAAAACCCCACCCCCAGAUACUGAAAGUAGAGGGAAUAAGAAUCUGCAUGCAUUUGUUGUUUUGAUCUUGGCAUAUAAUAUGAGCAAAUAAAGGGGGAAGAAAAGGCUACAGGGUAGGGCUGUAGGCGAGUAGCUGGUAUGGUUGCAGAUUUAUACCUGUAAAGAAGAAGCAGCCAAGAAGUUGAAGAAAAAUCUUCAACAGUAGAGCCACAAGCCACAGCUUGUGAGACUCAGCCAUAGAGCGUGUGGAAUUCUGAAUAUUGCCUGAGCUUUGUUGAUAUAUUUGCACUGACUUUCAAUUAAACUGAGAUCAAGACUUUCUGUAUUUCCCUCUCUCUCACUCUAGCUGCUGCUAUUCUUGAAGAGGAGAAAAGAAUCUUCCUGCAUAAGUGGCCAUCCUUUCUGUACCUUUCUGGAUGGUGCUGGUGACUUGUUACAUUUUCCUGAUUACAGCUCUAGCAGUUUGUUGGUCAUUCCUUUCACCAAGAUUUCCCGUGACUCCAGCUGGAACUGAAUCAGGCUGUAAAUGAUAUGGGCCAUUCUUGGUAGCAUGUCCUGUAGUGUUACACUGCUCCUGGACGACAACUUUUAUGGAGGCAGGAUAUUGAAUUGCUGAGGAAUGGAGUAGGUACAUGGAGGUAAAACCAGCUACAUAGACGUACCUGCCUCUUGCUUUUUUUCUCUUUUAAAGACAUUGUAGAAUUUCUUCAUGUUUUUGUCUUUCCCUUCUCACCGCAGUAAAUUUUCCUUUUUCCUUUCAAAUGGAUUUUGUGUUCUGCUUGUGUUUCUUAGAGCAGUGUAGCCACCCACUAACUUAAACGCAUGGAAAUAAGAUAUUUUAAUAUAUAAGGUAAAAUUAAGGAAAAUUAAGAGGUUUUGUAUUUCUGGAAAAUUUAUUUUAAUGUUUUUGCAGCUUUUGCUGAGAAUUCCUUAUUCUGCUAUCUAAGAAGCUCAAUUAGGAGAAAGAGUGCUGCGGACAAACAGAAACCAAACCACCACCAGCUCACUGUGUUUUGGCAGCAUCUCAUAAAUACAUGUCUCUCUCUGAUCUUUCAGGAAUACUUAGGAGGUGAAAUAAGGCUCACAAGGAAAAUCAGGGGUGUAUUUUUCUUGGUGAAAAUAUACCUUUUUAGAGGAAAUCUUUUAAAGGAAGCAAAAACUAGAGCUGUGUGUAGCUUUGGGUUUCUGUGCUGGAAGGCUAAGGUCUUUCUGUUGCCAGUGAGGAGAGGGAGAGAAAGCUCCCCAGGGAAGGUAGUUCAGAGCACUGAAGGCUUAGGAGCUGGUGUGUGUGUGAUGUGUCCUGAAAGAUUUUACCUCUCUCUUUUGACCUUUUAGAAAGUAUAGGCUCCUAACUUAGGCAUCUCAGUUAGGUGGGCUUAGAAAAGUGAUGAUCUAUUUAACCCCAGCCUCAAAAAUCCACUAGUUAAAUCUGCAAGUGAGCACCAAGUUAAACCUUGCAGGUGCAUAUAGGUUCCUGUGCUUAUGCGACUAGUUACUAAGGUAGCACCUGUCGUUCGUGGGUUUUGCAGUACUCCCAGCCUAGUCGGUGUCAUUGUUUUCUUUAUACCACGUGACUAUUGAGCAUGAAAUAGAAGUGUCAGAAACUAUUCCUUGUAGAAUAACUUGCUAUUUUCAUAUUUCUGCAGUGUUAGCAUAUGCAUCUUAGUGAUGGGGAAGAGUUUGGAACUGCUCCUUCCCUUGCUGGGUUCAUCAAUGUAGAACAGGAAUUGUGGUAUGAAUCUGAGGGUCUAAAAGUCAGCUUGCAUGUAGGAAGAAUUCAAGGGGUGAAACUUUUUGUUGUUUUACAUUGCAUUUAAGGUGUUUCAUAUAAAAAACCUAGUGAAAGCAGAUCUUUUAUGGCAAAAUCCUUUCUUAGUUAAUAUAGAACAGUAACUAUCCUGUGGUUUGGCUAGAUUGUGUUAAGUGUUAAUCAUCACAUAACGUGCUUCUUUCAAGGUGGAGUGUCAUACACACUCUUGCUAAACUUUCCCUUUCCCAGCUGUAGCCCUAUCUUAGCUCGAAAGUCCCUUUAAAGUAGGUAUCUUUCCUGUAUAGGGCAAUCUGUUUUGCAACAUAAAAAUUGUUUUCCAGUGAUACACUUAAAUUGUUUAUUUUAGUAAUGAUAUUUUUUUUGAUCUGAACUUCCUUCCAUUGAGAGCUGAGCCUUCAAAGUAUAACAGUGCUGAAGGAACUUCUGAAAGAACUUAAAGGCCUUUUAAAAUAUGACUUAUGAUAUGAGCCAUUUCCCUGCCCAAACUCGCCUGUGUUGUCUUAUUUAAAUGUAUUAGCAAUGUAUUAUUGUCCCUAGGAGGGACGGUAUUACUAUCCCUAGGAGGGAGCACAGUUUAAUCACAGAUGUGUGUUUGUUUGUGGACAUAAGUGCAGGUACAGACAGGGGUACGGUGUGGUAGAAGAAAGGCUCAACCUGCUCUGGCUGCAGUCACCUGUGAAGCUGUGGUUAAAUGGUGUAGCCUCAAGCCCGUCACGUCUCCUACAUUGAUCAUGCAGACUUUUCUGUCUGAUGUGCAUGUAUUGUACAUAGUGUAAACUUCUUGUCGAUGCUCAGCUUUCAUUGUGGACUUAAUCCCAUGUUCACCCUCAUUAUAGUGUCGCAGCACUGUUUGUGGGAUGGAGAGGUGGCUGUUUGUGCUCUCUAGUGUCUGUUGUCCUGUUAUACAGGAGCAGAAAUCCUGCCUUGCUCCUCUCUGCUCUGCUGGGGAGAGUUGCUGCACUCUUUGUAAAUAAGCUCCUCAUUUAUUUCACCACAGUCAAGCUUUUUUUUUUUUUUUUCCUGCUUCUCUCGACCUGUGUACAGAGUAUGCUCUCUAAAAACAUGUGCUCUUCCAAUGUCCUGCAGUUUGGAAGUCAGGAUUACAAGUGUGCAUUGCCCUGCAAUGCAGUGAAAAUGCAUUUAGUCUUUCUUGCAGGUUCAUGAGCUUUUUUGUUACAUACUGCAGAAUAUAUCUGCUGUGGUUGAAACAUUUUUUUAGAUGGAUGCCAGUCUUACAGCUGUAAGAAUUCACUGUUGAUUUUGUGAUAAUUUUGUCAUAUCUAUAAUUUAAGAACCAGAAAUAAUAUAAGAAAAUUCAGUUACCUCACCAUUUACCAGGUUUUUUGUUGUUUUGUGCUUAAAUGACACUUUUUACUCCUUUUGCGUAAUUCUUUACUUGUGUUGAAAACAACGCUAAAUUAGUAGAGAAUAUAAACAUGCUGUAACACUGUCAUGCAAUACCUUUAUUAGUAGAUAACCACACUAAAUAUAAUAUUACAUAUUUAAAAGCGAGAUGGUUUUGACUUUCCAACUCUUAAAAAUAGUGGUGAUAAGCAGUUAUACUCUAGAUGUUUUGUCCUUUCCCUUUUGUAUUAGUAUGUUUUCAUUAAUAUAUUUCACAAAUUAUAUUUCUAUGUGCACGUUAGAAAACUGUGAAAAUAAAUACCAAUAAAUAUUGUGAUACUUAUUCAGUGCACUGUAAAGUUCCAAGUGAGAUGAUACUUUGCUUGGGAAUUGAUGAAGGUUUCCUCACUUCUCAUAAAUGGUACUAAGCUUUAAUGUGGACAAAUGGUAAUAUUUACAGUGACAUGAAAUUUUAAUGGAGAAUGUCUUGUUUUGCACUUCUAGUACUAUUAUAAGAAAUGAUGUUUUUCUCAGCAAAUGCAUUAUGAGAAUACUGUUUUUAUUUGUUUUGUGCAUUGCAGUACAUAAUAGCAGUUUUGAAGAGAUUUGUGUUACAUCACUACUACAGGAUUCUUUAGUCUUAUAAUUUUUAUUGAGCCCGUUUAGUAAUGGUGUUUAAUGGCAAAAACCUUUUGGAAAUAUGCUUUGGCUUCUGUUUCACAUUGCAAACCUGCACUUGGACUCAUAGUGAUGCAGUUGAAGGCCCUCAUGAGGUUGCUGCGCCUUCCCCUUCUACUGGGGAGGGAGACCUUUCUUUUUCACUGUUGGGACAAGAUUAGAAUUUUUUUUUUUUCGAGAAAAAAUUUGGAGAAUGUGUUGUGCAACAUUUGAAGUGUAAAUAAUCUUCAAAAGAGGAAAAAAAAAUAGUUGGAGGUUCACAGAUAUCCACACUAGUGGGUGGUCUGUGGUGGGCUGCAGGGUGUGUGGUUUCUGGAGGAAAUGAUAAUUUUUAAAGUGAUUUGAAUUCUACUUAAGUUUCUGAAAGUCACUGAAAAAAACAGGAAUUUUCUUUUUUUUUAAAGCCAAAGUCUUUAUGUUGUCGUACGAGGUUUCACAGGAUAAUGGGCCAAAGAAUACAAUUAAAUAUGCAAAAGGUUAAUCCUAUGGAAAAGGGUAUCCUGUCAUCUUGAUAUGCACAAGCAUAUUAAUGGUAAUAGGAACAAUGUGUGUAAUUUUCCUGUAUAUUGCUAUGUAGGUUGCACUAUUUUGAAUGAUACAAGCCUGAUAUUGUAAUUACCAAAUACCAUAAGAAGCUGUUUAUUAAUAGUUUAAACUUGUUAACCUAAAUAUAUAUACAGUAUACACACGCGUGCGUGCAUACACUUUCCAACCUAGCCAUGUGUGAGUAAUCUCCCAAAGCCGUGGGACACAUUCAGCAGCACUUUAUUUUAAGUCAUUCCCUUACUUCUUUUCCAAACCUCCUAAAUCCACAAAUCCUCUAGAAGCGUUUAUUGCAGUUUUUGAUACCAAUUACAAAAGAGGCUAAAGAACUUGCUGGGAUCAGGCUUGCAUUGUGCUAGGACAUCUGCAAACACAUCGGAGGAGAGUUCCUGCCGGUAUUCGCUAUAAAUAGCAAAGCCCUAGGCAAAGGAUGGCUCCUCAUCCUGGCCUGAAAAUUCAUGGCCAGAGAGGAGCUAUUGGCCUGGUGACUGACUUUAACAUCCCGUGUUAGCCUACGCGAUCCACAGCUGGUCGUUAAACAUGGUACUUAAUGUAGCUGAGGAAGGGUGUGUAAAAUGGAAGUUCCCAGGGAAGACCAGCUGGUGUGUGCCCCGGGUUCUGCCCUGCAGACUGGGCGGUUCGCAACCCCGGGGUGCACAGCGGCGGCGGCCAGCCCUGGUGCUUGGUGGUCACUUUUCUCAACACACAGGUGUUUGAGCUCGUUACUGACGGUGUGGAGAUUUUAACCAAGAGGUGGUUGUGGUAUUCAGCUUCUUUUCUAAAUUUACAGUGCUCUAACUAAACCUUAUGACAAAAAAAUACCUUGGAAUCAUUUGUUUGACGUAAUUCCUGAGCUUUUUUCCAAAGGGAGUGUUGGAUAGUUAUUAAUUUUUCAACCUUGACUGAGAAACCAAAAAUUCUGUAUGGUCAAGUUUUGUCUGCAGUUCAUCAUGAGUGUGUCUUGGAAAAGAACUUGGUUCCAAGUCCUUCAUCUGCAAGAAGAAAAAUUUUGGUUAGCUCCUUUUUGCCUGGCCUAGGUCUGGAUUCAAAACUUAGCAAAACACCUUUUGACUUAAAUAGGGAUGUGUGAGUGAGCAACGGGCGAGCAGAUCCUCAGUGCAGAUGAGGCUCAGAAUUAAAAAAAAGAGUACCAAACCUCAUGUUGCAAAGGUAUGGAAGUUGUGUCAUGUAUGAUGUGAAGCUAGGAAGGACACUAGUGCAAUUUUUAAUAAGAACUGUUUACAGUUUAUACUUGAUAUCAGCUAUAAUAUUUUGAAAUAGUCUUAUUCAUUUCAGCACGUCCAUUUUGCACUGAUGAAGAACAGCUUGAUCUCUCUGUCUUCACACCUCACGCCCACGUGCACAUGCACAGUAUAGCUUGUGUCUUCCCUGUUGAAACCAGAAGGUACCACCAGAAUUCAUUAAUGUGUUAGGCAAACUCCUACUUGAUUCUUAACUAAGUAUGCUAUUUUUAUGCACAACUUGCAUCCAUACAUUUCAGGUUCUCUCAGAAGCACUUCACCUGUGAGUUAAUAAUGUCAAUUUUUAGUUCUCAGAUUCAAAUUUACGCUAAACCUGAAGGGCAUUUUGUGCUUUCUUUCAUCCUGUUUAACGUUUUUUGCUGGCUUAGAUGAAAUACUAAUAUUUCUGUGCUGCUAAACAAAAACCACCAGAAAUGUUUUCAAAUCUCAAAUUACCCUUUUAAAAACAUUUUUACCUGCUUACUUGAAUAAUGUAAAUUUCAUAUGUUGUCGUGAUUAGUGUUUGUAUACAUACAUGUAUAUAUAUAAGCUAUAUAUAAGCUUUAUAUAUAUGUAUAUGUAUAAAGUUUUGGGGGAGAAUGAGGGGCAAGACAAAAAUUCAGCAUGGUGACAAUGAUUCUACAACCAUUCAUUAACAGUUUCAGGUAAUGCGUUGCUAUUAUCAGUUCGAUUAGAAGUUUUUUGCAGUUCAACUCUGAAAAAAAGGAUGUAGCUGAAAAUUAGUAUUGGAUCUUCAGCCAUCAUCCUAAGAUCAGUUUAUUUUCAUUUUAUCUUGAAAAAAUAAGUAUUCACAAUAUUAAUUUAAGAUUUUUCUCGGAAAGAAAAUUAGUACAGUUGGAAAAGUAUCCUUGUUCUGAUGGAGGAAAAAACUCCGAGUGUACUAAUUUGUACUAGUUACAUGGAGCACUAAUCUACAUUGCAAUAGAAGAAAUUUGCAUUCCAUAAAUAACAUCUUACCAGAAAUCUUGGAACCAUUUGAUUUUGUACACAGUAGAUUAAAAAGCGUAUCACUUCUGUUAUUCACUAGUGCCAUUUACUGUAACACUCUCAAGAGUGAAAUAUUUCAAACCAAAGGGUAAGUCAUAAAUUUCCAAUUGCUAGCAAAGAACAGUAGAGGUUUGAAGACCUCUUAACACCUGGGGAAAUAAAUCAGGAUGUUAGAGUAGAAAUAAAGGAAUAUUAGUGAAAUAGAAUCAAGCAUAAAAUAAUCAAUUUUUAAGAAAAUCCAGAGUUUCAUUAUAAAAUUCAUAGUCUAAUGAGUUCUUCAAAAGAAAGAGUUUGGGGAAAAAGAGAAUCAUUAAAAUCUAGUUUUGACAUUCCAGUCACUGCAUGGUUUAUUGGAGAGAUUCAGCAAACUGAAAGGGAUUUUAACACGCAAGUGUCUGUACACACGUGGCUGUAAGUGCCGUGUUACAGAGCCAGGGCUGCCCCUGCACCCUCUGCCCCGCCGUGGGGAUCCCGGCGGGGGACUCUCCCCAGUGGGGGGCUCUCCCCAGCGGCACACUGCGCAGCCUGGAGGAGCUGGGGGCACGCUCCCCUCCACGUCAGGCACACCGUCUCACAGCACUUCACCCCCACCACCGUGUUUUAACCCAGUGCAUGACUGAGUGCUAAUACUGUAUAAAUAUUUUGAAACAUAUCUAAAAAAAAUAUAUGUUUGCUUCAAACUUUUUAUGAUAGAGAAAUAUAUAAUUAUGGUUGUCUUACAAAUUGUAUUGUGUUCUUAAUUUUUAUUAAAGAUGUAGAAAAACAUUAAGGGAAUGGGGGACUUGAAUGUCUGUGUGUACCGAAAUGUAUAUAACUAUUUGGGGAAAACACACGUGCCAAGUAUAAAAUGAUGUAAAAAUUGUAAAUAGAUGAAAAAUUCAUUUUUCUAAUAAAGAUAAUU